AUGCGGGCCCUGAUCCCAAAGCCCGGCUCCUCCAGGCCGGGGACUUGGCUGCCCCAGGACACAGUGACCUUCGAGGAUGUGGCACUGAACUUCACCAAGGAGGAGUGGGCCCUGCUGGCCCCGGAGCAGAGGGCCCUCUACCAAGAUGUGAUGCUGGAGAACAUCCGGAACCUGGCCUCCGUCGGUGAGGUGUUUGGACAGAAAACCGAAGACGCGGCCUCUGGGCAGGACAUUCUUGCCGAAAACACAGUCCGUGAAGCCGACAGAGUGUGCCUCAGGAGCAACAACCCCACUCCAGGAGGAGACGUGGGAGGCCUCAGACCAGAGGAGCCACACCGGAGGAGGGGGCCGAGAGGGAGGAGCGUGGCGGCUGCCCGAGAGAAAGACGGCUGUCUGGUUCCAGCCUGUGAAACGAGGGAGGAGCGCGUGCCUCUGCAGGGAGAUCCCGCCAGAAAACACACACCCCAAAAUAUUCUGCAUCCAGAUGUUGUCUUAAGGGGUAACCCCAAAACCUCUGAAAACAGCGAGGACCACAGAGGACCGCGGCAGUGCAUUCGGUCAGCUCCAAGUGUGAGAACGCCUACAGAGUGGCGAUCGGUCAUGCGGGUCAAGAAUCGGAAUCGUGUGCUUCGUGCACCUGAUAAAACAUUUCGGGGGGUAAACAAUUCGGUCUACGAAUUGGGGAAACUCUUCCCAGAAGACUGUGUCCUUAGGGCACGCGAGACUCGCCUUCCAGAGAAAGUUUACGGGUCCAGUGAGCGUGAGAACGUUCCCCGAAGGAACCCCAUGCCUGCUGUGCCGGUGCAAUCUUACCCAGCGCAGACGACGAACAAGAAUAAUCCGAGUGGGAAAAGCUUCCCGCAGGUUCCACAUGCUGAGUCACACAGGGGCACGUGGAACGGAGAGAAAAGCUAUAGGUGUCAAGAUUGUGGGAAAGCCUACGCUUAUCAUUCGUACUUUCUGAAACACAGGAGCGUUCACACUGGAGAGAAGCCCCACGCCUGUCAGGAAUGUGGGAAAGCCUUCCGAUACUCGCUGCACCUCAAGAAACACUUCUUCAGACACCUUGCGGAGAAGCCCCAUAAAUGCAAGGAGUGUGGGAGGGCCUUCCACAAGUCUUGUACGCUCGCCACGCACACGAGGAUCCACACUGGGGAGAGGCCCUAUAAGUGUGCCGAGUGUGGGCAAGGCUACACGAAUAAUUCAUCGCUGAAGAGCCACCUGAAGAAGCACAGCUAAGAGAGGCCCUCCGAAGGAAAGAGAGGUGGAGAAAGCUCCGCUCUUCUCAAAAUUCUGAAUGAGUGGAGAGGACGUGUUGGAAGGGAGCUCCAUAAGCCAACGGACAGGGGAACAUCUUCCGUCAGCUCUCGCAUCGUCCAGAAAUGGGGAAUUGCACGCUGGAAAGAAAGCCGGUGAAGAUGAGAUUGGUGGAAAGCUUUUAACCUUCAUCUUUUUUUUUUUUUUGAUUGUUGACACUAUUACAGAUGUCUCCCAUUUUUUUUCCCCUUUGCUUCCCUCUACCCAGUCCCGGUCCCUCUCCCCCUCCCGCAGCCUUCACCUCAUUGUUGUCUGUAUCCACGGGCUAUGCCCAUAUGCGUAGAUGUUCUUUGGCUAAUCUCUUCCAGUGCCCCCACCCUCCAUCCCCUCUUGA